AGUAAAACAAGAUGGCGGCGCCCAUGAAGAAAACUGUCGAACUUUUCUAUGAUGUUGUUUCGCCAUAUACAUGGAUUGGCUUUGAAAUUUUGUGUCGAUACAGAACAAAAUGGCCAAAUAUGGACCUGCAGCUGAAACCUUUCUUUCUUGGAGGAGUCAUGAAAGAAUCAGGAAACAAACCCCCGGCCAUGGUGCCAAAUAAAGGUUCCUACAUGAUAAAAGACAUUCAGAGGCUGGGAAAAUAUUAUGGAAUUCCACUGAAACAACCCAAGGAUUUUGCCAGUGUAAUGUUUGGUACACUCCCAGUACAGAGAUUCCUGACUGCAGUGGACAUGACCAACCCAGAAUACACAGAGGAACUCUCUAGACAAUUCUGGUUCCGAAUAUGGAAAAAUGAUGAACCAAUCACAGAACCUCAACAUUUUGCAGAGGCAGCCAAAAAAGCUGGAAUGAGUGAGGAUAUGAUAUCCUCAGCUCUAAAGAGAAUGGGUGAACCAGAUGUGAAAAACAGACUUACUCAGUACACAAAACAGGCAUUAGAGGAAGGGGCAUUUGGAAGUCCAUGGAUUAUUGCACACAUCAAUGGAAAGAAAGAAUCAGUGUUUGGAUCAGAUAGAUUUCCAAUAUUAGCCAUGUUGUUAGAGGAAGAAUGGCAUGGUCCCUUGAAAGAAUUAUCUAAGCUGUAAAAUUAAAAUUUGUAUUUAUUUUUUGAAUUCAAUCAAUGUACAGAAAACUUUAUCCAAGAAAGUUAUUUUCUUGCCCUGAGGUCAGUUCAUUAAUAGAAGUGAACUGUUUUUGUGAAUAUGAUGGCAGCAUACAUACAGAGAACUUCAUUAAAAGACCAAAUGGAAUUGUAUGGUAGUGUUAUACAUUAAAUGUUAAAACUGUGCAGUUUCAAAUGUCUGUGAUAGAUAAUCAGGUAU